UCAGAGGUUGAUUUUUUUUUCUCUAACAAAGGAUUUCUAGUAAUGAAAAAAUAUCUAUACUCACUGUUAAUAAAAAUCUAAAUAAUAAAUUAUUAAGGGGUUUUUAAAUAUUUAUCUGUUUGGGGGUGGGGCAAGACCUUUUUUCAUCAAGCGUCUGGAUACAUUAGUUAAAUGUUUUUUUAUUUUUAUGCUUCAUGCGGUGGAAGACAGAGAGACAGGUAAUUGAACUUUAAAAUGGGAACCAGUGGUGAGUUUUUAGGAGCUCGGCUCCCUUCAAAGGAACAAGUACUUUUAGUUUUUAUUUACCAUCACAAGGAAAUGAAAGAAACACUUUCGGAUGCUGCUAAAUCUAUCAGGACUAAACUACAGGAAGUGUGGAGGAAAGCAAAUAUUCCUGUUAAGACGGGGGAGAAUAUCCGUGCUGGUAUACAGAAGCUGUACAAAGAAUACCAAAAUCUGGGUAAAGAGAAAUCGAGAAACACGGAUAAAGCAAAUGUGAAACGGCAGAUUUGGAAAGUUGAUCUCGUUGAGUUAUUUGACAUUUCCCGGCAAAAUAUGAUGGACAUGAAUAGAGUAUCACAAGAAGAUAAAGAAUUUCUUAGGUCACAAAGAGAAGAUCGUAUGAGUUCUUCAAUGAGUGGAGUAGACAAGGUUUUCGCUUCGAAAAUAAGAACUAAGUGUACAAAAGAAGACAAAAAAGAUUCAUAUAAGAAUAAACAGUACAAAGCUAUCACUGAAAUCAAUAAGACAGUUAUACUGGAAGACUCAUCUCCAUCAUCACGAGCACAUAGUGACGAAGAGGCUGAGUUUUCGCCUCCAGCAACGAAAAAAUUACGUUGAAGUCCUAGAUUGGGCACUGCAUCAAGCAAGGUGGAUGGCAAAGGCAAUAUAUGCACUUAAAAUUGUCCUCUUCACUAAACAGUUGAAUAUUCCUCAAUGGCAAUUGGAAGGAAUGAAACGGGUUGCACAUUUUGUCAGCCUCAUAUAUGUUCACUUUUGGCAUGAGGCAAUUGUAAGUCGAUGGGCUCCAAAGAAUGAUUUGGAUUUGCUACAGCUUCUGAGCACUUACCCAGAUGCAGACGUCAAAAAAUGUGCUCUCGCAGUUGCUAAGAGACACCUUUGGUAUCUGUCAUAAACAAACGUAGGAUUGGCUUUUUUGGACGAACGUAUUACUCAGGCUGUUAAGGAAAAUAUGACUAAAAAUUUAGAAACCAAACCUGCAAAGAAAAAAGAAGUGAAACAAUUAGAGGGUAAAAACAUGGUUUUUGAAGGAAAAGACCUGAGCCAUUUCGUUACUAAAAAAAAAAAAAUGUUCUUUGAAUUGUUUGGGAUCCACGACGUGACAGAAUUCUGCAUUGAUUCUCUAAGAAGCUAUGUGAACGAUCUUAAGGUUGUCAAUGAUACCGCAGAAAGAGGAAUUGCUCUGAUAAAAAAUUAUAACAAAUCGGUCAGGGAUGAACAACAAAAACAAUUCUUGUUGAUUGUAGUCGAGCAUCACAGAAAAGUCAUCACCAAGCAAACAAAACAAGGGAUUGCAUCGUUCAAAGUUGAUUAAUAUAACACAUGUUUUGCCUAUCAUAUUACCUAUUAAUCUUAGUGUAUAGUUUUAAUAGUAUUUUAAGUUUGUGAUUUCUAAUUUUCCCAAUAAAAGUAAUUAACAUUUAAAAA